AUGUUCUUUAAGACUUUGCUCUCUCCUAACCAUGUCGCUCUGGUUCUGCCUGAUCUCUAUGGCAACAGCACAGUCCUGUCGGCGGUGAUUGAAAAUAGGAAAGCCCUGUGCCCGAUGUGUCCAAGAAGCCUGCACCACAGCAGGGGAAGCUGGGUGACCACACUGAUCCGCUGUGUGGCUGGAGCCGUCAUCAUUGCGUCGGAGUGGAGUUGCCGCGGCAGCCCUGACGGGGCGCAGGAGGAAGGUGAUGGUGGUGGUGGUGGUGCCGCUGAUGGAGAUGGACUUGCUGACGGGGCAGACCGGGGACUGGACGGUGACCCAGAGGGGGUGUGGAGUCCAGACAUUGAACAGAGCUUUCAGGAAGCUCUGGCCAUCUACCCUCCCUGUGGCAGGAGGAAGAUCAUACUCUCAGAUGAGGGCAAGAUGUAUGGUCGAAACGAGCUGAUAGCUCGCUAUAUUAAGCUACGGACAGGAAAGACACGCACACGCAAACAGGUGUCUAGUCACAUUCAGGUUCUGGCUCGCAAGAGGGUGCGAGAAUACCAGGCGAGCAUCAAGGUCUCUAGUCACCUGCAGGUCUUGGCCAAGCGCAAGUCUCGUGAGAUUCAGUCUAAGCUGAAGGACCAGGUUUCCAAAGACAAAGCACUGCAGACAGUGGCCAACCUUUCAUCAGCUCAGAUUGUGUCUGCAAGUGUGAUGAAAAGCCAGGCUUCUUUCCCUCCACCAGUCAGGUUUUGGCCCGGCCAUGUGCCAGGACAGCCUGGACAUUCUCAGGACAUCAAACCCUUUGCACAACCUCCUUACACAACACUAGCAGCUCCUGUCCCUGCACCCAUCAGCUAUGAGCCCCUGCCUCCCCCUCGCCCGGCAGCUAUAGCAACUCCUGUGUGGCAGGACAGAACCAUUGCCUCAGCAAAACUACGGCUUCUGGAGUACUCUGCUUUUAUGGAGACUCAGAAAGACAGAGAGAUGUAUAAGCACCUGUUUGUGCACAUUGGUCCAUCAAACCCCGGCUACAGUGACCCCGUACUGGAGUCAAUAGAUGUCCGGCAGAUUUACGAUAAGUUCUCUGAGAAGAAAGGAGGCCUAAAGGAGCUGUAUGAGAAAGGGCCUCACAAUGCUUUCUUUCUUGUCAAGUUCUGGGCUGAUCUGAGCAGUGAUCUUGAGGAAGGUUCCAAUGCCUUCUACGGUGUAAGCAGCCAGUACAGUGGAACAGAGAACAUCACAAUCAGUGUCUCAACAAAGGUCUGCUCCUUUGGCAAACAGGUGGUCGAGAAGGUCGAGACGGAGUACGCACAUUUGGAGGGGGGAAAGUAUGUGUUCCGCAUCCAUCGUUCACCUAUGUGUGAAUAUAUGAUCAACUUUAUCCACAAACUCAAACAUCUACCAGAGAAAUAUAUGAUGAACAGCGUGCUGGAGAACUUCACCAUACUACAGGUUGUGUCCAACAGAGAAACUCAGGAGACCCUGUUGUGCAUCGCUUUUGUGUUUGAAGUGUCCACCAGUGAGCACGGAGCACAGUACCACGUUUAUCGACUAGUUAAUGACUAGCACAAUGUACAUGCAAAGACUGUCAGCCCUUUCCAGUUCAGUCAUACUGAUUCCCACAUGUGACACACUAAUAGUGUUUGUAUCACCAUUACCGCAAUCUACCCUCAAAAUGUCCCACAAUUGUAAACACUAAAGUCAAGCUAUUUUUUUUAAAGAGGCUGUAGAUAAUCACUUAAUGUUUUAUGGUCCAUGUUUUGAAGUUUUGCCAGGGAAUUACAGUUUAUUUUGAAUUCACAGAUAAAUAACCUGCCUCAAAUGUAUGAGAGAGAGAACGUGCUCAAAAAUCAUCUUUAAAGCAUAAUAAAUGUGAGUAGAGUUAUGCAUCACAAUUCGCUCCCAUCUUUUCCAGGGAAGUAAGUGCAUAAUUGACAUAUCUGUUGGUGUGACUGAAAAUAGCUAGACUAGAAAGCAUUCUAUCAGUGUUAUUGUCACUACCACGGUGAGUCUAAUGAGGUCAUUUCCAGUCACAAGGCGCAGGUGGCCCUUCACAGCAAUGCACUACAUGUAGUGAUGGGAAUUAAUAGUUGAUGGCAAGUUUGAAAGUGUUAAAUAUCUGUUCAGUCUUUCUAAAAAUAAUAAUAGUUACAUACACAAGGGCCUCAGCAUUCUGAAACAAAUAAUUCCCUUGACUGUUUAUGGGCACCACAGUUUGCCUUUGCUGCAGUACUUCUACCUCCGUGUGAGUUGGGAUUCAAAUGUGCUUUCAUAAAGCCCUGACUUGAGGAGCACUGACAUAUAGGAAGUGUACACUACAUUUUUAAUGGUACUGUUUAUAAGCCAAAAUUUAGUUAAAUAUACUGCUUUUUUGUAAAACUGAUCUUUUUACUAGCACAGUUAGAGUAAUACUCUAAAUGUUUUUUUUUGUUGUUGUUGUUUUAAAAAUGUUUGCCAGACAUGGUACACACCAUGCUAUAUUCCCCCUCAGCAACUGGGGUGAAGUCCUAUGAACUGACACUUGCUUUUUGUUUUGCUAUGUGGAAUGUCAUUGACAUGUCUCGGUACACUUAACCAUUAUUUAGCAAACAAUGUUAUCUGACUAUCAUACCUUCUUCUAGCAGGAUAAUCGAUCAUGUGACUGGUGAAGAGUGUGGUUUUGCUUUUGCAUCAUGAAAGUUUGAGCCAACACGUCGGUAAACAUUGGUAAAUAAGCACAUUUCACUGUGUGGUUAGCCAUUGUCAUGUUCACUUGUCUGUGUGCUCACAUCUGCUCGGUCAAUUUAAAUGUGCCUUUUAAACUAUGGCUAUGCCAAUAAAAUCACUCAUGGUGUUUGCAGAACCCACCACGUAUUUUGUCUAAUUUUUGGCAAAUUCUUGUGUGUGAUUUUUUUUUU